GUUUUGCGUUCUUUCCCUGAUCUGCUUUGUCCUCGGUGUCCUUAUACAUGUGCUAAGCCUGGGUUACAAGGAGUUGUUAUUAGCUGCUUUGGAAUACAUUUGGCCAAUCGUUCUAGUAACAAUCAUACUCAUGGUGGUACAAAAACUACUUGCCAAGUUCGUCUUCUUACAAAAGAAAGGUCUCCACCUUGCACUGGAUCAACAGAUAUUGUUACUUCAUCUUCACCUACUUCAUGUUUUUCUACAAUAUCUUCGUGGGUCUCGUCUCCUGUCUUCUGAGGAUCACCAAAGCAAUUGUUCUCGGCAUCGCUUUCCUCGGUCGCCUUGACAACAGCACGUUGUCUAGAAAGUUCGAACUUUUCGAUCCAGGUUUCUCUGCUUACCUGGGUUUCAUGCACAUAGAGUGUGCCCACACUCAUCCUGUGGUCAUCGUCUUCACACGACUGGUCAUUCACAUGUGGGAGACAGCAAAAGAAAGACAGAUCAGCGAGUCCAACACCUGUUCUAAUGCAGACCUGGUGCUCAACAUGAACCUGGACGACCUCAGCGUUAGAAGUUCACGUGAAGACACUCGGCGCCGCAGCAUGAAGGCUCGCUCCAACUGGCACGUGACGUACACGCUGCUGCACAACCCGGAGCUGCGCGUCACGCGCAAGGGCUUCAUGCAGCUAUUACGUCAGGCGCGCGAGCUGGCCGUACACAUCCCCAUCUCCGACAACCAGGCCAACACCAAUCUCGACAGUCUGGCCGAGCAGAACCUGCAGGCUAAAGAUUCCGCCAGCGAUAUAAACGCCGAGGCUACAAAAUAAGCAAAAAACAGAAAACAGGAAAAAGUGUAGGUCAGCUGAAAUGAGAGAAAAG